AUGGGCGUGAGUUCGCGCCGAAAAGCAGCCAGGGCGAAUAGAAUCUCCCGCACCCUCUCACGGACAGUCGUAAUCAAUUCUCUUCGCCUGGGAUGGAUCGUUGCGCUCGUCGCUGGCGAGUUGGGCGUCUACUUUUACUCUCUGUCUUCCUGUAAAUGGCCUGAGCGGAACGAAUGGCGUCGUGGAAAGCCGACACAUGUACUCUUGAUAUCAGACCCUCAAGUUCGCCAUCCAUCUGUCUCAUGGAGGAGGCAAAGCCUUCGUCAAACUCUAUAUGAGGCCCUUUACGAGCUCAACCUGAAACGCAGUUGGCAUGUAACCCAACGAUUGAAUCCGCACGCCGUGUUUUUUCUUGGUGACAUGCUCUCGAGCGGCAAGUUUGUGAGAUCAGAAGCAGAGUAUGCCAGCUAUUGGCGCAAGUUCCAGCAGAUUUUCCCCGGCGCCCCAUCGUCCCCCCAUUACUACAUCCCAGGCAAUAAUGAUGUUGGAAUGGGUCUUUCGCAUUCCUCGCCGAAGAAUGUUCGCUUAUACUACUCGAAUGUGGUUGGCCCAUUCAACCGACAAGUUGUUAUUCGGGACCAUGUUUUUGUGUGCUUGGAUGCGCCGGGACUAGUCGACGACGACUAUCAACGAUCGGGCACGCCAUACGACCACUGGAGUCCAGCUCAUGGAGGUAGCGUUGAAUUUGUUAAAUCAUUCGUCCAUGACUCGCGACCUACAAUUCUUCUCUCUCACAUUCCCAUGGCGCGACCAGAUUCCGCAUCUUGUGGCCCUCUUCGAGAAAAGGGUACAAUUCGCAGAGGCGUCGGUCAUGGGUAUCAAAAUACUCUCGGCAAGCACACUACUGCAUUCCUCCUGAAUGCAAUCCAACCAUCUGCUAUAUUCAGCGGUGACAAUCGGGAUUAUUGCGAGUUCAAUCACACUGUCGAUUUGGAAGUUGCAGGAGGUUCAAAAUCGGUCCGCGAGAUCUCCAUCAAGUCAUUCUCAAUGUCUGUGCACAUUAAACGACCCGGAUUUCAGCUUCUCUCGCUGGUUGACCCAACGACGUCUGGAACGUCGAUGGCCGACACCUUGUGUUUGCUUCCGGAUACCGCCAAGAUAUAUGGCUCUCUUUACACACCUUUUGCGCUCUUAACACUCAUCUUCCUCUUCGUCUUCAACAUCUAUCGGUCCAAACGGUUGCGAAACGCCCCUCUUCCACCAAUGUCGCUUUCCCCGUUGAGCAGCAAUGACCACAGUCCUAAUAAUCUCGGCGCUGCCUCUCCCUGGUCUCCAUUCACACCAGCGGUCCCAUUGAGUCCACGAAACAAACUCCCACCAUCACUGAGGACACCAAAUGCGACUCCCGGACCCACAAUGCGAGCCUCGCGACCUGCUACGCCAUUAGGGUCACCUAUGCUCACCCCUGCUAUCAUUUUUCAAGCAGACGAAGACGAAGAUGAUACACUUUAUCCGGCGCAAUAUGCCAUGCAAAGAAAUGGACAUAUUGACGACGAGGAAUGGCCUGCUCCGCGUGAUGACCCUGCUCCUGCUUUUUUCCUGCCAGCGCCAGGAAACCCAAAACCUGUAGCUGUGUCACAUGGCUGGAGUUGGACGUUUGUUUUUCGUGGUCGGAGACGACGAAUGGCAUUGUCUAUCCCCACUUGGAGGUCCUUGCUUGAUCUCGUUUCGCUGUUGGCCCCCGGUAGCGACUCAGACAUGAUUCUGCGUCGAAAAGGCUUGUUUUGGGCAACAAUUGCGGACGUGUUGGGUGUUCUGUGGCCAACAGUCCUGUUAUGGAUCAUUUUUGCAUGGUGGAUGCUGUAG